AUGGUGAAAAAAAAGAAAAAAGAUGCCGAAGAAGGACAAGAUAAGCCUCCUGUCAGCCAAGCACUGCUAGAAUAUUUUUGUGAAGUAAAAGGAGAUGCAAUAGAGAGGCUUAUGGUUCAAGUAAGAAGACUUAGGGAUAAAAAUAACAAAUAUCAAGAACGGAAUGCACGACUCAAGUCAGAGCAGCUGUGGCACCUCAAGAAUGUGAUAUCUGAGCUAUGUGAUGAGCAAAAACAGUUAGCAUCCGUUCCGCUUGUGACGAGGGAACAAGUUGAAGAUGCCCUCAAAAGAAAAUGGCAGUUUGUUAGAGACCAGGAACAAAAUUUGAAAGACAUGCGGUUGCAGAUAAAUACUGCUGAGAAAAGAUUCCUUGAGAAACUUGGAGAGAGGGAAUAUUGGGAGGAAUACAAGAAUGUAGGGAGUGGAGUACAUGCUAAGCAAAUUGGCUCCUUGGAAGAUGACAUCAGUGCAGUUAAAGAGAAUACAAAGAAAAUGGCAGAAUUUUAUAAAGCUUCUCUGGAAGAAACCAAAAAGAGAAUUACCAGUGACACCUUGAAACAAAUGGUUGAAAAGAAGGAAUUGGCCACACAGAAUGCUGUAAAGAACAUUGAUAAACAAAGCAGUCGCGAAAUCUUGGAGAAUGACUGGCUUAAGAAAGAAGUUGAACUUCAUAAGAAAGAAGUAGCAGAAUUGGAAGCUUCUGUUCACCAUCUAGAAGAAGAAAACUUAUUGCUUUUAAGUCAACUAUUCAAUUGCAAACUUGUAGAUCUCAAAAUACCCAGGCCUCUCUUCCUCACCCAAGGAGCUGGCCUAACUGACACAGGAGAUUUGCAUGAGGAAGUACAACCAGAACAAGAGCCCUUAGAGAAAAAAGACACAUCACAACUUACAUUGUCGGAAAGAUUGGCUUUUCUUUAUGAAGAAGAGGAAGACAAUACAGAAGAGAGUGAAAGUGAAUCGUCUAUUGAAUUUGGUGCUUCUGAUCUAAAUUAUUUAUUAUAUGAAGAUGAAAAUGAUUUUGAGGAAUAUACUGAUUUGGGCCCAUUGGAGGUGAAGUUAAUGAGUUUGGAGGGACAGAAAAAGCCUAUUCAUGAAGCUAUGCAAGAAGUGUCUAAGAAAGACUGGGACGAUGCUAGGAAAGAUGGGAGUGUCAUCACAUAUAGAAUGAUUAGUUCUUUGAAAUAA